CAUAAAUAAGAUGAUACUCGACUAGUAAACUAAAAAGGGAAUUUACACUUUCAUCUAGUUGAAAAGUUCUAUGGCGAAAUAUGAAAUGAAAAUAUAAAGUAUUUAAAAAAAGUCAAACAUUCUUUAAUAGUAUCUGUUUAGACCAGACAAAAGUUAAAGAUUAAUAAGUUGAAUAAGCUUUAUAAUCCAAAUUGGAAUCUAGUUAGAAAUUGAAAAGUGGAAAUAGAAAUGAGUUUGAUUUGUAGGGUUUGGUAUUUUGCAAUAGUAAUAUCUUUGUUAUCGAUCUGCGAAUUUGAUGGAGCAUUGGGUUCCUACGCAGGUUCCUCUACUGCGAUCAUCGAUCCUACUAAGGUCAAACAGAUUUCGUGGAAGCCAAGAGCUUUCGUUUACGACGGUUUUUUGACGGAUUUGGAAUGCGACCACUUGAUUUCAAUUGCGAAAUCGGAGCUAAAGAGAUCUGCGGUGGCGGAUAAUUUGUCUGGACACAGCAAGUUAAGCGAAGUCAGAACAAGCUCUGGCAUGUUCAUUGCUAAGAACAAGGAUGCCAUUGUUUCUGGUAUCGAGGAUAAGAUUUCAUCAUGGACCUUUCUUCCAAAAGAAAAUGGCGAAUCCAUUCAAGUAUUAAGAUAUGAGCACGGGCAGAAAUAUGACCCACAUUAUGAUUACUUUUCUGAUAAAGUUAAUAUAGCUAAAGGUGGACACCGGAUUGCCACUGUUCUCAUGUAUCUCACUAAUGUGACCAGAGGCGGUGAAACAGUGUUCCCUGAUGCAAAGUUACAAGAUUCUCCCCAUCAAAGAAGUUCUGAAACAAGUGAGGAUCUCUCUGAGUGUGCCAAAAAAGGAGUAGCAGUGAAACCGCGAAGAGGAGAUGCACUUCUUUUCUUUAGUCUCCACCCAAAUGCUAUCCCCGACACACUGAGUCUCCAUGCAGGAUGCCCUGUAAUCGAAGGUGAGAAAUGGUCAGCAACGAAGUGGAUUCAUGUAGACUCAUUUGAUAAGAAGGUGGGAGCUGCAGGGGACUGCACUGAUCACCAUGAAAGCUGUGAGAAAUGGGCUGCCCUUGGAGAAUGCACUAAAAAUCCUGACUAUAUGGUUGGAUCUUCAGGCCUUCCUGGUUACUGUAUGAAAAGUUGCAAGACAUGUUAGAAGUGUUACUAUGCUUUGCAAAUUCCAAGUGGUGAUUUUGGCGGAUUUUCCAAUUUCCUUUGUAUUAUGUUUUUUAGUUGUUGUGGAUUGUAAUGUAUUCUAUUCUAUGUCUCAUUAUAUAUCUUUUAGCUCUCUUCUGAUAGUGUUUUGUAGUGUCAUGGUCACACUCCAAGAGGUAAAUUUUUUAGUUGUUAAGCUGUAACGGUAGGUGAUGUGUUAUUCACAAUUUUUUCAUUGGUUACUUUGUAAAACGACAUAAAAAAAAAAUAUACCCUCAAUUUCUUCCUUAGUUUCCUC